AUGGCCCGGGACCACCUCCCCCCCGACACGUCCGCUCCUGGUCCUGGUCCUGAUCCCGAUCCCGAUGCUUCCCCCCUUAACAACCACCACCAUCACCACGACGACGCACCACGACACAUCGACGACGCCGCCUACCCCCGGGACCCCCUCGGCGUCGAAAAGGCCCCCGUCGGCACCCCCCCCGACUACAGCGACCACGAAAAGGCAGGGCCCGGCCAUGGCUCGACCGAGCUGACGGCCGCCGGCGAAGGCCCCCUGCCCAUCCGCCUCCUCUCCCGCCAUCGCCGCGUCCUCACCCAUCUCUUCCUCUUCCUCCUCUUCACCGGCUGGUGGAUCGCCUCCCUCAUCCUCCACCGCCACGACAAGAACUGGGUCGUGCCCUUUCUGCUGUGGCUCGCCAUCUCCCUGCGCCUCCUCUUCUUCCACGUCUCCAUCCGCCAUGUCUCGCGCCCCAUCCGCUGGCUCUGGCAGCACUCGGCCGUUGUCGUCCACGACGCCAUCCCCGCUCGCCUGCGAUCCCUCGUCGGCGGCGCCGCCGCCGUGGCCGUCAUCCUCGUCGGCUCCUUUGCCUCUGAGGAGAGCGCCGACAACACGCGCGCCAACCGCGCCGUCAGCCUCUUCGGCAUGGCCGUCAUCAUCUUUGCCUUUUACAUCACCAGCGUCGCCCGCUCCCGCAUCAACUGGCGCACCGUCAUCGUCGGCAUGCUCAGCCAGUACGUCAUUGGCCUCUUCGUCCUGCGCACCACGGUCGGCUACGACAUCUUCAAGUUCAUCGCCGACCGCGCCGGCGACCUCCUCGGCUUCGCAAAGGACGGCGUCGCCUUUCUCACCACGCCCGACGUGGCCAAGACGCCCUGGUUCUUCUUCGGCGUCAUCCCCGCCAUCAUCUUCUUCAUCUCCCUCGUCCAGGUCCUCUACUUCAUCGGCUUCCUCCAGUGGUUCAUCCGCAAGUUUGCCACCUUUGUUUUCUGGGCCCUCGGCGUCUCGGGCGCCGAGGCCGUCGUCGCCGCCGCAACCCCCUUCAUCGGCCAGGGCGAGUCGGCCAUGCUCGUCCGCCCCUUUGUCCCGCACAUGACAAAGGCCGAGAUCCACCAGAUCCUCACCUGCGGCUUCGCCACCAUCUCGGGCUCCGUCCUCGUCGGCUACAUCGGCCUCGGCCUCAACCCCGAGGCCCUCGUCUCCUCGUGCAUCAUGUCCAUCCCCGCCUCCCUGGCCAUCUCCAAGCUGCGCUACCCCGAGACCGAGGAGACGCUGACGGCCGGCCGCGUCGUCAUCCCCGACGACGACGAGCACAAGGCCGAAAACGCCCUCCAUGCCUUUGCCAACGGCACCUGGCUCGGCAUCAAGAUUGGCGGCACCAUCAUCGCCUCGCUCCUUUGCACUCUCGCCGCCGUCGGCCUCAUCAACGGCCUCCUCGCUUGGUGGGGCCGCUAUCUCAACAUCAACGACCCCCAGUUGACGCUGCAGACCAUCCUGUCGUACGUCAUGUACCCGGUGGCCUUUUUGCUCGGUGUUCCGCGCAACGGCGACCUGCUCAAGGUUGCCAAGCUCAUUGCCGAAAAAGUCGUCACCAACGAAUUCAAUGCCUUUACCAAGCUCGCCCACGACCCGGAGUACGCCACCCUGUCGGCUCGCUCCCAGCUCAUUGCCACGUAUGCCGUCUGCGGCUUCGGCAACAUUGGCUCCCUGGGCAUUCAGAUUGGUAUCCUCGGCCAGCUCGCCCCGUCACGAGGCGGUGACGUGUCCAGGCUCGCCGUAUCGGCCCUCAUCUCGGGCGUCAUGUCGACGCUGACGUCGGCCACCGUCGCCGGCCUCGUCGUCACCACGCAGCUGUCCAAUUUCACCAAGAACGGAGCGUCAUAG